AUGGAUUUAGACACUGAUGUUCCAAUGGAGGACGUUAGCAAUGACCAACAAUUGAACCAAAGAUUCGAUGAAUCUACGUCUGGUCCAGGCCAGCAACAAUCACAGCCAUCUAACAGCAAAGAUUUGAACACAUCGUCCAUUAAUCAAUUAGAUCAAUGGAUUGAAAAACUAUCUGCGUGCGAGCCAUUAUCAGAGGGGGAUGUAAAAAACUUGUGCGAUAUGGCCAUGGAUGUUUUACAGUUUGAAGAGAAUGUGCAACCGGUCCAAGUCCCGGUAACUAUAUGUGGGGAUGUUCACGGACAAUUUCACGAUUUGAUGGAGUUGUUUAAGAUCGGGGGACCAUGUCCAGACACGAACUAUUUAUUCAUGGGUGAUUAUGUUGAUAGAGGAUACUAUUCAGUGGAAACUGUUUCAUACUUAGUUUGUAUGAAGGUGAGGUACCCUAAUAGAAUUACUAUAUUGAGAGGUAAUCACGAGUCCAGACAAAUCACACAAGUGUACGGAUUCUAUGAUGAAUGUCUAAGGAAAUACGGUUCUGCGGCCGUUUGGAAAUUGUUCACCGACUUAUUCGACUAUUUCCCUAUUACUGCAUUGGUUGAUAAUAAGGUAUUCUGCUUGCACGGAGGAUUAUCACCAAUGAUCGAAACGAUUGAUCAAGUAAGAGAAUUGAAUAGAAUCCAGGAAGUUCCACAUGAAGGUCCUAUGUGUGACUUGUUAUGGUCUGAUCCUGACGAUCGAGGUGGAUGGGGGAUUUCUCCAAGAGGUGCAGGAUUCACUUUUGGUCAAGAUAUUUCAGAACAAUUCAACCACACUAAUGACUUAAGUUUAAUUGCAAGAGCUCACCAGUUGGUAAUGGAAGGUUACUCAUGGUCCCAUCAAGAGUCUGUGGUGACCAUCUUCUCUGCACCAAACUAUUGUUAUAGAUGUGGUAACCAGGCAGCCAUCAUGGAAGUGGAUGAACAGCAUAACAGACAAUUCUUACAAUAUGACCCAUCAGUCAGACCAGGCGAACCAACUGUGACAAGAAAAACUCCCGACUACUUCUUAUGA